CACCAGUUCCAUCUCUCUCUCUCCCUCUUUCUCUCUCGUCAUUUCUUUCCGGUUCUUGCCCCUUUCUUGCAUUCACCGGAGGCCGGAAUUUUCUGUCGCUGCGGUUGUUGUUCCAUUGAGAUCGUGCGAGUGUUCCGUGUGUCGAGGCACCAGAGCUGAUAAAACUGCCAGAAGGAAAAGAUAGUGGGAGUGCUCACAUCGAAAUCGAGGUCUCCAGAUCUACCAUGUUGAUGCAACGAAGGCUAGGAUGGGCAGACACUGUUUUUCUGAAGAAACAGAUCUAAACUGACGAUUCUUGUUGGGCAUAUCUUCAAGUUUGUUUUGCGAUAAAUCUCAGCAAUGUUCUUGGUGUCUACAUCAGAUUCUAACUCAGACCCCCAAACGGCGAACAUGUCAAGAACGGCGUUUUAUUCAUGGACACGCCGAAGGAGGUAAGUAGAACCUCAUCAUUAUCAUUCACAUUUGCAUCAUCAUCGUCAUCUUUAGCAUCUGCAUUAUUAACAUUGCAUUUGCAUUAUCAUCAUAUCUUCACUGGCAUCUGCAUCAUCAUCGUGGCUUUUGCAUUAUCAUCAUCAUUAGCAUUUGCAUCAUUAACAUUGACAUUUGUUACAUCGUCAUCAUUAGCAUUUGCAUAAUCACGUCACACUAUAUCAGAAUUAUCACCAUACAAAUAACAACACCUCAUCUCAUAUAUCGAAAUCAUCAUCCACCAUAUGUAACAACACAUCAAAUCAUAUCAAAAUCAUCACAAAACGCAUGAGAACACAUAAUCUCAUAUAUCAAAAUCAUCUCCACAACUACACAUCAAAUCAUAUCAAAAUCAUCACAAAAUACGUGACAACAUAUCACCUCACAAAUCAAAAUCAUCACCAUAUGCAUAACAACACAUCAAAUCAUAUCAAAAUCAUAACAAAACCCGUUACAACACAUCUUCUCAUUUAUCAAAAUCACCACCAUAUGCGUAACAACACAUCAGAUCAUAUCAAAAUAAUCAUCGUAUGUGUAACAACACAUCAUCUCAUAUAUCAAAAUGUUCACCAUAACGUAACAGCACAUCAAAUCAUAUCAAAAUCAUCACAAAAUGUGCAACAACACAUCAUCUCAUUAAUCAUCACCAUGUGUGACAACGCAUCACAUCAUAUCAAAAUCAUCGUCGUAUGCAUAACAUCAUCGCAUCAUCAUUUGCAUAUCCAUCAUAGCAUAGUUGCAUAUGCAUCAUAAUAUCAUAGCAUCAUAUUUGCAUAUGCAUCAUCAUCAUGACAUCAAAGGACAAGAUAUAACAUCAUUUUCAUGUGUAACAUAAUAAUUUAUCCACCAUUCUUCCUCUCGCUGCAACGUCUCAAACGACGAGAGACCAUGUCAAAAGAGCCUUUGGGAGCGUUGACACCAUGGCAUGCCUAUAUCCUUUGGUGUUUUCUUGAUAUUUUGCAUACUGAUGUCUAGUUGAUUAUGUGGUAUAUAUCUUGAUUUUUGUGUGACGGAGAUAAAACUUAGGAAAUGGGUGGAUAAUUUGUUUUUGUUGUUGGAGUGGCUUCGGUUCGGUUUUCUUCAUCAGAUCAUACUUGUCUACUCAGCCGAGUAGACAGCCCAUCACAUGAAGUAGAGAUUCUACGUAAGAACAAGGUGAAGCUCCCUGAUUAAGGAUAUUAGGUUAUCAGGAGAUAUAAGAUGGUUUGAGUGUCCCAACAAAAUCAGGGUCAUAGUCGAGGGACCGUUGGAGAGCUGAUAGAACUGCUGACCUCCUAGACAAUGGCAAUAAGAAAAGAUAUUGGAAGGGCUCACGUCAAAAUUGAGAUACCUAGAUCUUCCAUGUCAAUGGACCAAUUCUUGAAUUAUACUCUCUCCCCGAAAGUGCAGACAUUGUUUUCUUGAAGAAGCAAGCUCUAACCUGAUGAUUCUGGUUGGUCAUAUCUUCAAGUUUGUUUGGCGAGAAAUCUCAGCACGCAAAGUGAACAAUCAGUGAUCCAAAGAUUAAUUCGGCUGAAGAGAGGUUACUUAUCAUCUUUCAGGUGAUGAAAAUUCAAUUGAAGAUUGUUAUACAAUUUUUCAACUCAUCUGGGCUUACAACCCAAAUAGAAAGUGAGCGUCUCCAUGGAAGACAAAAUAUAAAACUUUUGCACUGGUUUGGUGUUUUUAUGCAUUGGAUUGUAGAAAGGAUUGCAGAAGACAUGUGUCCUCAAGUAUGAUUGUAGGAGAAAUCUCAUGCGAACGUCAGCGUACUGGCGAUGACGUAUGUGGUCAGUCAAGGGCUAAUAGCUUAAACAAAUGGUUUGUUGAAGCUCAUGGUUUUGAUGAACUUAAUGGAAUAUCUGGCAAUUUACACACACAAAAAGGGGUACUUAUCCAUUCUUCUUUUAGGUUUGACAAAAUGGAAUAGAAGAUUGUACAGUGGUUAAAAAAGGCUUAGUUAUCAACCCAAAGAAAGACAGCCCAUCACAUGAAGUAGAGGUUCAACGUAAGAACGAGGUUGAGCUGCCCGACUAAGGAAAUUAGGUUAUCAGAUGGUUUGAGCGUCCCAUCAAAAUCAGGGUCAUAGUCGACAUCCAUUGGAGAGCUGAUAGAACUGUUGACCUCAAAGACAAUGGCAAUAAGGAAAAGAUCUUGGAAGAGCUCACAUCAAAAUUGAGAUCCCUAGAUCUUCCAUGUCAAUGCACCAGUUCUUGAAUUGCAGACAUUGUUUUCUUGAAGAAACAAUCUCUAAACUGAUGAUUCUGGUUGAUCAUAUCUUCAAGUUUGUUUGGCGAGAAAUCUCAGGUCUUCUAUUUCAUCUGUGAUUUUAGCAUGCAAGGUGAACAAACAGUGAUAAAGAUUAAUUCAGCUGAAGAGAGUUUACUUAUCAUCUUUCAGGUGAUGAAAAUUGAAUUGAAGAUUGUUAUACAGUUCUCCAACUCAUCUGGGCUUACAACCCAAAUAGAAAGUGAGCCUUUCCAUGGAAUACAAGAGGCAAAACUUUGGCACUACUUUGGGGUUUUUAUGCAUUGGUAAGGAUUGCAGAAGACAUGUGUCCUCAAGUAUGAUUUGAGGAGAAAUCUCAGGCGUACUGGUGAUGAGGUACGUGGUCUAUCAAGGAACAAGAGCUUAAACAAAUGGUUUUAUCGAAGUUCAUGGUUUUGAUGAACUUAAUGGCAUAUCUGGCAAUUUACUCACACAAAAAGGGGUUUGACAAAAUGGAAUAGAAGAUUGUACAAUUGCUCAAAAAGGUUUAUUUAUCAACCUAAAGAAAGACCCCCCAUCACGUGAAGUAGAGAUUCAACGUAAGAACAAAGUGGAGCUGAAUGAGAAAGGAAGUUAGGUUAUCAGGAGAUAUAAGAUGACCUGAGUGUUCUAACAGAAUCGGGGUCAUAGUCGAGAGAACAUUGGAGAGCUGAUAGAACUGCUUACCUCAAAAACAACGACAAUAAGGAAAAGAUAUUGGAAGGGCUCACAUCAAAAUUGAGAUAUGUGGAUCUACCAUGUCAAUGCAUUGAAAGCCAUUGGAGCACAUUGGCGUACUAGAUUGUCUUGUGAUAUGCCCAUACAUUGCUCGGACUCCUUAGGCUACAACCCAAGAAAGUGAGCCUCCGAGGUAGAACCACGCGCCAAACUGAUAAUUCGGGUCGGCCAUGCCUUCAUGUUUUGAUUAGCGGAGCUAAUAUCAGGUAUGACGAAAACUGUACAGAAGAUCGUUUUACAAUUCUGCAAAACUCGUUCGGGCUUACGACCCCAAGAGAAAGUGAAGCCUCUACAUGGAAAGGGUUAAGCUUCGAUAACUGAUGACUUCUGGCGAUGUUCGUGGUGUCUACGUCAGAUUCUACCUCAGACCACAAAAUGACGAACGGAUGAAGAAUGGUGUUUACAUCAUGGACACGCCGGAGGAGUUACGCACCCGAGGGAAGCGUGGAGGCUCGUUCGCCCCUCCUCAUGAAGAAAGAGCGACGCAGACUGCGAAUCCGGAACUUGGUGGAGGCGCUUCUACGCCAAUUUCGCUCGUCCUCUCUCUCGAUCUCGAUCUCGAUCUCGAUCGUCGCGCCUUUGCUUUCGCCGUUUUGGAAUCCAUAAUUCUCUGUUUUCUUCCGCGAUUUUUCGACGUGAAGUCUCAGUUUCUGUCUUCGUAUUCGUCGGAUGCAGCUUGGUCUCUCUGGUUGGUUCUUCGUCUGUACAUCGACUUUCGAUCUCAUUUGAGCAGGUUUGUUCUAAAGAAAAUGGCCAAAGUUAGAGGAACAAGGCGCAGGAUUGCUUCUAGGCACAUCAGAUUGAGACCCUACAAAUUCCCAUCCGCUAACCGAGUUGUAGGAAAGAGCAGAUUUGCGGAAGAAUGUCCCAAGUUGCUUGAGAAAAGGGACUGGGAAGACGUAAUAUGCUCUGUUUGUAUGGAAUGCCCCCACAAUGCUGUUCUUCUUCUUUGUUCAUCUCACGACAAGGGUUGCCGUCCUUAUAUGUGUGGUACAAGCUUCAGAUAUUCUAAUUGCCUUGACGAGUACAAGAAGGCGUCUGCUAAGCUUAUGCCACCCAGUCGGGAGCUGCCAACCAGUAACACCGAGUUCCCGAACCUCACCUGCCCACUCUGCAGGGGCCAAGUGAAAGGGUGGACGAUUGUGCAGCCUGCACGGGACUAUUUGAAUCUGAAAACGAGGAGCUGUAUGCAGGAAAACUGCUCUUUCAUGGGAACUUUCAAGGAGCUGAGGGAGCACAUGAAAAUGGUGCAUCCGUCUGCAAGGCCACGUGAAGUGGACCCCUCGGUGGAGCAGAAAUGGAGAAGGCUUGAGCUUGAGCGUGAUCGGGAUGAUGUGAUCAGCACAAUCAGAACAACGAUGCCAGGUGCGAUGGUUCUCGGGGAUUACGUGAUAGAGAGAAACACCUACAGGUCUGAUUCAGACGAGGGUGAUGAUGACAAUGACAAUGACGAUGACGAUGGGCAGAGAAAUGAAGGCGGGAUCAGUGCAGGGUUAGGUAGAAAUCUCGUGAACGUUUUCCUUCUGUUGCAUGCGUUUGGACCAUCAGGGAACCAGACAAGGAGCUCAGACUUUGCCGCCAUUGAUCUCACUUCAGACACAACCCGUGACUUAGCAUCAGAUGCAAAUGGUAACUCUGAUUCCUCAGGACAAGAAGAUGGCGGAUUUAGUAACUAUGACUACAGUCAAAGCAAUGAGGGCAUGUCAUUGGCCAGCCGCCUCAGGCGACGGGGACGGAUUUUGAUGGGACGGUCAAGUAGGAGACGUAGAAAUAGAGAAAGCUAACCAAAACCCAAAUCCUCGAUGACAAAAAAAAAUUGAAAAUAAUAUCCAUUAGGGGGAUCCAGGUAUGUUGCAUCAUUUGUAUUUUUAUGUAACUUUGUGUAAUCAUCAUUUGUUUUUACAAUCAUAUCCUCUGAAUAAGCAGAGAGGGGUCCAUGUAAAUUAUGGUUUGUGGUCCAUUGGCUCUCGUUUGUUUCCAGGUGAUUUGCUCUUCAGUCGCCUGUUUUGUCUGUUGUGAAUUGAAUUUGGUCUGUAAAUUUCAUCUCUUCCAUUUGGUAUGGAAAGAACGUCCCCCCUUUUGUUCUGUAAUUUUUCUGAAUUCUAAUUCUUGUUAAUUUUG